AUGAUUCCGGGGAUGAAGGGCUACAGUUAUGAGGAUAGAUUGGAGCAGCUGGAUUCUGCCGUGUGUGUUGAUUAUGAGCAACUGGUUUCACAUCCAAAUGACGUGUCAUGGAAUGAAGAGAACUGGGAUCAGUUCAACAGGACCUGGUUACCCUCUGACAUGUCAACACGUGACUAUUAUUCAUGUGUGAGCUAUGAUAGUGAGUGUUGGCAGACUAUUCCCAAUGGAUAUGCACAGAGGGAAACCAAGUGGAAUGGUGUUCCAACAUUUAGAGGCAAACAAGAUCAUAAUGGACAACAACGACCAAUUGAAAGACGCCAUUCUGGUCAAGGAGAUGGUACAAAAAAGGAUGCAGAGAGAAUUACGUACAGCAGAGAUUUCCUGAUGAAAAUUGCUAGACUGCCUAUUUCAAAAGAGAAACCAGAAUUUUUGCCAUCUCUUCCUGUGGUAUUAGAGAGGCCAAGAGAGAGGAUGUAUGAAAGUGGGUCUGUGCUUUACUUACCAAAAGAUGGCUACCAAUCAUCAUGAAAUUGCAGGCUGAUCGACAGAUAUAAGUCAAGUCCUGAACUCAUCUGGAAGGUGCAUAUAUUCUGUGUUUAAUAUUUUUAAGCGUAACUGCUGGACUUUUGGAUCUUUAUGGGAAGAACUCAUCCAACCUUACUCAACAACCAGAAGAUUUUCAGUGAUGAGGUUCAUGAUUAAUUUCUUUGAUUCUAAUUAAUCAAGAUGGUGAAGUACCAUAUUUGUAAAACAGCACUUUUGGUAGAGUUUGUGCACUUGAAAUAAAUUGAAAAUGGGUAAAAAAGAUUUUUCAUGUAGCAAAUGAACUGCAUAGAAAGGACAAACUAAUAUUUGUUGUGUCUAUUGAGGGGUAUCUUGAACAUUGGCAUCUUGAACAUUGACUGCAAAGACCCAUUUUACAUUUUGAAAUGAGAUAUACAAGGACCAUGCAUGAAAAGCAAGUUGAUGUAGUAAAGCCAUACCACUUUAACCAUUUCCAUGAAGUCUUAUCAAAGACUAGUGUUAUGUGUAUCCUUGCUUUUUAUUUACAAUGUUUUUUUAAACUAGGAGCGACAACAUUGGUUUGAGUAAUUCUGACAAAGUGAAUUCCCAUUUUUGGAAUGAUGUUAUUCUUUAAAAACAAGAUAGGAUCAUUUGAUUAACCUUUGGGGAAACCACACAUCCUUUGGGGUUGUAAAGGAGUCACUCUACUUCAUCCUUCCUACAUUAUACAAAUGCUGCUUCCUGGGUAACUUAUUUAUAGAUGAUGAAUUUUAGAGGGAGCAGUUGGUAAGGUGAGUUUUAGAUAAUGUGGAAUAUUAGAUGGAGCAUGAUGAUUUAAACUAUUUUUCGUAACCUAUUUUCCAUGGUGGGCGGGGUGGGGAGGGAGUGGGAGGCAUGCGAGAAAAAGGCCAACUAUUAGAUCCUCAUGCCUUCAAAACCAUCUGUAAUAUCUAGUGGUCUUUGUUACCCAACACGUCAAAUAAUAUUCUGCUGAGUUUCUGGAUAAACAAGGUUGGAUUUACAAUGUUGUAGAACUCUUCAUGCUGGGCUAGUGGGCAAUUAUUACAGCAAGAAGUUUAGACCACAAGAAGCCAUUGAUGGAAAUUCUGCUAGAUCCAGGUUUAGAUCUCAAGAUUCAGUGUUGAACAAGGCAAUAAAGCUGUAUGUAACAAGUUGAUUGGUUGUUGGCUAUAGUAGAUACAGCCUUCUAGUUGAAUAAGUAGGAUAAUCUUGUGUAGCAGAGUGAAUAAUGGUUCCUUAACUCAGAUUAAAGAUGUGACAAUUAAUGGGACUGAUGAGAUCCACUUGACUUUCUUUGGAAGGAUCUGGAUCUAAUAAUUUUCUGGUUCCAUGUGUAAAAGAUCUCUAGAGUCCUGGUUAUAGAAUUUAGUCAAAAAGGACCAUCACUCCAUUCCAAAUACAAAAAGUUCUUGAAACAUUAAAUGUAUUUUUCAAACUGGUAUACUUUG